UCUGGAAUGAGAUGGUACCGAUUCCGGUUGGUGCAUGUGAUCGGAUACUGUUUUGGGCCGUGGAAUGUCCUGCCCCUUCUACACAAUGAAAUCCAGACGUCGCGUGCUUCCCUUGAAAAGGGCCUUGGACUGAUCUCAACCUGACAGUGACAGACAAAGAGUGUGGAAUAAAUCUCGUUGUUCUGACAACAAUGAAGCUGCUAUUUUUCGAUCACUUGUCCCAUGUGCAGGAGCCCAUAUGAGCUGGCCAACGAGCCUUUCCAGCAUGGACGGCCACCAAAGUGCUAACUCGGCCUGUUGGAGAUCAACAAAAUGUGCGAAUCGCACACCAUAUACCAUCUUUGCGGCCAUGUCAAGGUCAAAACCCUCGUGCAAUGCGCCGAAAUGAUCGAAAAACUGAUCGCAUCGAAAAUGCAAGUAACAUGCUCCCACCAGCUUUGCGCAGACGUCAGCGACAACAUCCACAUCUUUCCGGAUAUUUGUGUCAAAUGCGAGGAGAACGGAGUCAUUGGAGAGUUUCUGAACCAAGAUCCGAGUCGCAAGCUCGAAAUACUGCGAGACUGGAAGAAGCAGAACAAAUUGGACCACGAAUCAAAGUCGACUUUGGGAGCAUCGGCAGAGAAACCUUCAGCUACGGCGACCGACAGUGACAGUAACGAUGAUGUUGACAAGCUGGAAACGCUCGAGGUCCUUACCGUGGCCGACAUUACAAGCUCUUUGACGACGGAGACCGAGAGUGAGAGGUUGCCCAGUUCCACGUCUCCGGAAACAGUGGCAUCGAGCGUCACAUCAGUUGGAGGCUCAUCAGAUCUCAAAGCGAUCAAAACUCGAGUGACCGCGUUGAGGGAUUGCACAGAAAGGCUGUUGUCCAAGAUUCGCGCGCAGAAAUCAGUCCAAUAGGCAGGGCACAACGCCUGUAACAAUGAACUGGAACGUGUUGAAUCUGGUGGAUAGAUUUACGCUUUUGAUCAUUACGCGUCGCGUGCCGAUGGCGAUGCGUGUGGGUUUGGAAUAUCGGCACGGUGGCACCAACCGGACCCAAUUUUAGGCUUCCCGCAUAUAAGUGUCCAGUGAAAGCCUGUCGCUUGAACUAAGCUUCGGGAUUCAAGGAUUGGCUUCUUCUCGCCCGUGUUUGGUGCCUGGGCAAAACUGGGCAGAUGCUUGCCCUCAUAGCGUCAUCGAAGAAACAGGGAAUUGAAGCCUUGUCACCUGCUCUUCUCCACCAUCGACAGCAGAUGCCAACGUAUAGCUUCUUCUGGCUGC